CGGGUACAGUCAACCCGCGAGGCCACCAGUCGUGGUGCAAGCCCGAGGCCGGACACUGGCACCACAACCCACUAAGUGGGCCCAGGCAAUCAGUGGCGACCAGGCUCCAGCUGAGGCAACAGUUGGUUCAUCGCUCGCUCCUGGGAGUACUGCCUCUGCCUGCACAAACCUCAGUUGCAGCUGGAAUUGUGCGUCCUUUGGCAAAAUGAAGAUGGUUCGCUCGCCGCCGAUGGUCGUUAGGUCCCUGAUGGUGCUUGGGAUCUGUAGCGGAGCUUACAGCUAUUGCUCUUAUGGAUACACAGAGUGUGCUACAACGACACAAUGCAUCAAUGCGAGAUUUGUUUGUAAUGGCUUACCGGACUGCUAUGACAACUCUGACGAAGUCAUCUGCACCGGAAACAAGCUAAAAGUAUUUCCUACUACCACAACGACCACUACUACCACAACCACAACAACUACCACGACGCCCGCCCCCACCCCUCCCCCACCCAACAACGUGGAGGAGAGCGAGGCGCUGGGUCAGAAGUUCGCUCGGACCUUCAACGACACACUCCACCACCCAAGAUGCCCCAAGCUGUACACCAGCGUCGGGAACAAGUGCCUCUCCCUCCUCUACUUCGUCAAGGUCGGCUGGGGGGAAGCAAGGGCCCUGUGCUCGGCCGUUGGCGGGGAGCUGGUUCUCUAUCCCUCUGCCUCCGACGGGGAGUUUGCUGCUCUUCUGAAGUACCUGCGGGAGAUAGGGAUGACGACGGACUUCUGGGUGGGAGGCCGGUACACGAAGGACACCGAGGCGUGGACGUGGCUGGACGACGCCCCGAUGGACCUCGGCUCGCCCUACUGGGCCGUCAGACACACGGACAGUUGCAGCAGCCGCCAGCAGGAGUCAGCGCAAGACGGCAAGCCUGAGGACGUCGCCUACUGGACCAACACUUCGGCCUGCUACCACUACGAGCAGGCGCCGCGGCGCGACUCCCACGAGCUCUGCGCCGCCGUCACCUUCCGCCACUACUUCUACAUUAGCGACGAGGACUGCCUCAGCGUCAGGAGUCCUCUGUGUGAACAUGUUCCCAGCACCGCUCAUGACCUCACGCUCGCUGGCGAUCCGUGAGCUCGCCGGAAUGAACCAGCUUCACAGUACUACUUCAUGAAGCUUCUCUUUGUUUCUCGUAUUUUACAAAUCAGUCAGUUAUAUUUUCAAUCUGACAUCAUAUAUCUUGUAAAAUCGGCCACAGGAUAAUUUAUUGCAUUAUCAUAUACCUUUUGUAAACGUUAUGGUUAUAUUAUGAGACUUUUAUAUUGCAGAUAGAUAUUGUAACUGCAGCUGCGGAUAACAUGUACAUUAACUCAAAAUAUAUAUACUUAUAUCUUUACACCCA